CUCUCGCUCCCGCUCCCUUCCCCCUCUCUACCCCUACCAAUUCGCCCGUCAACGAUCCCCCUCCCCGACAACCGCUGUCGCCAUCUCCGUCUCUGUCUCUGAUCGAGAACCGCCGUCGUUAUAUCGGGUGUAGACGUCACGCACGGAAAAUAGUCAUGGCGAAUCAAGACAGCGAACCGAUGUCACGUCUACUCAAGCUUGCCAAGAAGUUCAACUGCUUUUAUUUGUCAGGCUUUCAUGCUGGCGAUUGUCGAGCAUUUGUUGUUGACGGACAACAAAUUGGACUUGUUCGUCCUGAUGUAAUGAAAGAGCUUUUGAAUCAUCCACAGGUCUUUCAAGUACAUCCGGAAUAUGUGCAACUGAAUCCAGCUUUUCGAGACUACGCUGAAAGGAGUGCUAAAGUUGAUGAAGUACUUAGAGAAUGGCGAGGAGGUGGAAAAUUCAUUGCUUUGCAUGGCUGGCGAGAAGAAUACUACGAUGUUCGAGCACAAUUUAAUACCCCUCCAUUGUUCAAAAUGGACCGUUCUGCAACAUCUCUAUUUGGAAUUCGAAAAUAUGGAGUAGACAUAAAUGGUUAUGUUAUGGAUCCCGUAAAAGGUUUAUCAAUAUGGUUACAAAAAAGAAGUCCAAACAAACAAACAUGGCCAGGCUAUUGGGACAAUUGUGUUAGUGGCGGACUAAGUGUAGGUUUUGGUAUUAAUGAAACUGCAAUAAAAGAAGCUGGUGAAGAGGCUGGUAUACCCAAUCACUUGUUGACAAAACUGAAAAGCGCAGGCUGUGUAUCAUUGUUUUUUGAGAGUGAAAGGGGAUUAUUUCCCAAUACAGAAUUUGUGUACGAUUUGGAACUUCCUGUAGACUUUGUGCCCAGAAAUAGAGAUGGAGAGGUAGAGACUUUUGAAUUAUUGCCAGUUAGUGAGUGUCUUGAAAGGGUCCUUUCAUCGCAUUUCAAGACUACAUCGGUUCCAGUUUCAAUAGACUUUCUAAUAAGACAUGGUUAUAUAACUCCAGAAAACGAGCCUAAUUUCAUUCAAAUAAUGGAGUUAUUACACGUGCCGCUACAAACAAUGUACAAUCAACCACAUAGAAAGCACAAAAUUGCAGCUAAUGGAGAAGCAAAUGAAAGUUUAGAACGAAUUUAAAUUAUAAUUACUAGGCACUAAUUUCAAAAAAUGAGGAUACAUUUUCUAAAAAAAAAAACAAAAAAAUA